AUGGUUGUCAAAGCAGCAACGAGACCUUCACCCAGGUCUUCUCAGUCACAUCCACAUUCGCAUUCGCAAUCACAUAGAACCGCCACAAUCCCAUCUACCACGAGCCCAAUAAUGAGUCCAGCAACAGGGAGAAUACCUGCAUCCGUAGGGCAGACUCUGCCGCCCACUUCCGCCUUGCGAUCCCCAGGUAUUCAAGGCGAACAAGUUCGGAGUGCCAGUCCAAAUUACUUCGGUCUCAUUGUUGAACCGUCGAGUAAUCCUAGAGAAACCACCGCCCUACCCAAAGCAAAUUGGAGUCCUACCACGUCUUCCAUAUUCUCAUUUAGUGGUGCCACACCAGAACAUAUACCUAUAAACUCAAAUCCUGACUUUGAGGCUUUCAAAAAGCAAUCUGAAUCUAAUAACAGAUUCAAUCUGAGUCAUGGGGGUCUGGCAAAUUUCUCAAUGUCUCCAGGUCCUUCCUUACUACGUCCAAAGAACGAGAAAACCCCCUCCAAAGUCGAUGCACACAAUGGACCUCCGUCACCUAGAUCCAUUCCAAGAACUAGGGAUGCACCAUCACGGGAUGGUGGUGUUGAUAGUGGAGCGGAUUCAGCAUAUGUAUCUUCGUCUGAACGAGUACCUACUUCCUCCACAAAUCCUCCUUCAUUCUUCGAUUUCCCACGCCAAAUGUCACCUGCCAGUUUUUCAACUUCAAUGUCACCCGUGCAAAGAAACAACCUCUCACAUCUAGACGAAAGACACCCUAGACUUUCUUUACCUCAAAACAAAGCAGAUCCCCCAUCGCCACGAGUACCACAACCGCGUCAACACCAGCGAGCGGACACACUCCCGUCGAUGUUAGAAGAUGGGCCAGCUAUGAUUACGCCAGCACAGUUGAAGGAAAUGAUGGAUCGUUGUCCCUCGAUAGAAUUAUUGCUACUCGACUGCCGAACUUUUAGCAUCUUCUCACAGUCAAGGAUUGGAAAUGCCCUCAAUUUAUGCAUACCCACAACCUUGUUGAAACGGCCUUCAUUCAAUCUUCAGAAGCUUCAAGAUACUUUUACAAACGAGGAAGAUAAAACCAGAUUUUCAAAAUGGAGGCAAGCUAAAUAUAUCGUUGCCUAUGACAAUAGAUCUUCAGAUAAAAAAGAUGCAGCACUAGCUAUUAAUACCCUGAAAAAGUUCACCAAUGAAGGCUGGAACGGAGCAAGAUAUAUAUUGAAAGGUGGCUUUGAUACCUUUGCUCAGAAUUUUCCAAGGUUAAUUGACCGGGGCUCAACACAAUCCUCACAGCCGUCCCGAAUUAAUCUUACACUUGGAACGACAUUGCCUGGAGUUGCACCAGUAGCUGGUGGAUGUGCUAUGCCAGCGACAAAGAAUGCAGCAAACCCAUUCUUUGGCAACAUUCGACAAAAUCAAGAUCUAAUGGAUGGUGUUGGCCAGAGAGAUAUUGCAGUCCCUGAGGAUCUGGUGAGAGACCCAUCUGCUAUGAGUGUUGUUCCUAGGUGGUUAUCAAAGGCUGCAAAGAAAGAAGAUCAUGGCAAGGUUGUUUCAGACAGAUUUCUUCAUAUUGAGCAAGCAGAGUUGGAAAGGAUGACAAAAGCAUUAACACAAGGAGUUCGAUACGGAAAUGGGCCAGAAGCCUCGAAUAACUCUAGUGAUGUUCAGAUAGCUGGUGUUGAGAAGGGCAGCAAAAACAGAUACAACAAUAUUUGGCCAUUCGAGCAUGCCAGAGUGAAACUACAAGGUCGUACGGAAGGCACGUGUGAUUAUGUUAACGCAAGUCAUAUCAAAGCAUCGAGGAGUAAUAAACGUUAUAUUGCUUCUCAAGGGCCCUUGCCUGCAACCUUUGAAGAUUUCUGGAGUGUUAUUUGGGAUCAAGAUGUACGAGUCAUUGUCAUGUUGACUGCAGAAGCGGAGGGAGGACAACUGAAAUGCCACUCUUACUGGUCUAGUAACGAAUAUGGUCACCUCAAGCUUAAAUUGGUAUCCGAGAAGAAGGUCCACCUUGAUGCUACUAAACAUCGAAAUUCUACAGACAAACGAGAUUCUGGACGAAAGCGCGCAAGUACGACUCAAGUUACACCCCCUUCUCCCACAACAGAAGAUGCUCAUGUCAUUGUCCGUAAAUUUACACUUUCUCAUGCCGCCCAUCCUUUUACACCAAUGCGAGAAAUUACACAAGUACAUUAUUCUUCCUGGCCAGAUUUUGCUUCUCCGGCAAAACCUAGUCAUUUACUCGCUCUUAUUCACCUCGCAAAUUCCAUGCAACGCGCCUCCGCUUCCGUAACCGAAACUCCCCGAUCGGGCGAACCAGAAGGAGAAAAUACAAGACCAAUGCUUGUACACUGUAGUGCGGGCUGUGGUCGUACGGGAACCUUUUGCACAAUUGAUUCUGUGAUUGAUAUGUUGAAACGUCAACGCAAAGAACAAAGGCAUGGUACUACGCCUAUGGAAUUCGAUGAUUCCAGUGGUGGGGAUUAUAUGGGACGGGGAAGACCGGGGAAGAAAGCGGAUAUGGAUUGGGUCUUUGAUCAAGAUACUGAUCUGGUGGAGAAAACAGUGGAGGAUUUUAGAGGACAGAGAUUAAGUAUGGUGCAGAAUCUACUGCAGUAUGUACUUUGUUACGAAACGGUUUUGGAAUGGGUGGCGCAGCAGGUGGUGGGGAAUGGAAAUGGAAGGGGGGGCGAGGGAUCGAGAGGUAUUAGAGAUAGAAGUGGUAGUUUGAGUGAGUAUCAAUAUUAA